UACUAGGCUUUAAGAUUCCUUCCAUUGUACCAAAAAAAAAAAAAAAAGUUAGAAGCCACCCAAAAAUCACUAUUCAUUUUACAAUUAUCAGUUUUUUUUUUUUUAAUUAAUUUUGGAGAACAGACGUUGACUUCAUCAUUUUUAGCUUCUUCUGUUCCCAACAUUUUUCUUGCAGAAACAAUCUGCUAAGCUUCCGUGCAUGAUUGAAUUUCAGAAGCUCAGGGACCUUAUCUUUUCGGGAUCAUCAGCAGCCGCCGGCCAGCGGUGGUGAGAUUGGGAAGAAGAGCUAGAAUUUCGAAUUUUAAGUGGUAGUACUGGCUUUCUUCAAUGGCGCUGUUUAGACGACUGUUUUAUCGGAAGCCACCUGAUCGGCUUCUCGAGAUCUCUGAGCGGACAUUUGUGUUUGACAGCUGCUUCUCUACGGAUAGCCUUGAUGAUGACGAACUUGGAACCUACUUUGGUGGAGUUGUGGCUCAGUUACAGAAUUACUACCCUGAUGCUUCUUUCAUGGUUUUCAAUUUUAGAGAGGGAACCAGGAGGAGCCAAAUACAUGACAUAUUGUCCCAGUACGACAUGACGGUCAUGGAAUACCCGCAGCUAUAUGAGGGUUGUCAGGUGUUGCCUUUGGAAAUGAUGAACCAUUUCUUGCGCUCUUGUGAGUCCUGGCUGUCACUGGGACAACAGAACGUGCUUUUGAUGCAUUGCGAGGGGGGAGGAUGGCCUGUUCUUGCUUUCAUGCUUGCUGGUCUUCUUUUGUACAGAAGACAUUACACUGGUGAGCAGAAGACCCUUGAAAUGAUAUAUAAGCAAGCACCUCUGGAACUUCUUCAUCUCUCAUCUCCCUUAAAUCCUCAGCCUUCCCAGCUAAGGUAUCUGCGAUAUAUUUCGAGGAGAAACACUGCUUAUAGUUGGCCACCAUCAGACAAUUAUUUAGCUUUAGAAUGUAUUAUACUUAGAUUCCUACCGCAAUUUGAUGAUGGGAAGGGAUGUAGGCCACUAAUUCGCCUAUAUGGUCAGGACCCUUCAGAAACUUCUAGUAGGAGCUCUAAACUUUUGUUUUCAACUUCGGGAUUAAAUAAGCCCUCCCACCUGUACAGACCGGUAAUAUGAUAUCUUACCUUCAAGAAUUAAUAUGAUAGUUACUUAACCACCAUUUGAAGCAUUUUUACUUCCUACUGCAGGAAGAGUGUGCUCUGGUAAAAAUAGACAUUCACCGGAACGUUCAAGGGGAUGUUGUGCUUGAAUGUCUUCAUGUAAAUGAUGAUUUGGGGGAGGAAAUGAUGUUCAGAGUUAUGUUUCACACCUCAUUCAUCCGGUCUGAUGUAUUGAUGCUGACUCGUGAUGAACUGGAUGUUUUGUGGAAUGCAAAAGAUAUACUCCCCGGGGACUUUAGAGCAGAGGUGGGUUCAUGAUUUUUGUGAUUUCUUAUUUCCUUUAAUGCUUCUAGUUGUUGAAGCAUAAUCAUAUCUGUAUCAGGUACUCUUUUCUGGUGUUGAUACUGAACCGCCUAUGACAGCCACAGAGGUGGCAAGUGAAGAUGCAACUGCUGAAAAUUUCUCAUAUGAGGAGUUUUUUGACAGGGAAGAGAUCUUCGCCAUAGCAGUAGAUUCACCAAAUGGAGAGCAUACACUGGAGGGAUGCAGUAAUUUGCCUUCUCCUUCAAUAUCAGCAUCAAUUUCCACAUCAGAUCAUCAUUUAACGGGCUUGGAUUCAGAGGUUCAUUUUCUCAAGGCUGAUGCUGUUCCGUCUAUUAUCAUCACGGAAGUGGAAAGUGAGGAUGGGAGAGUGACUAAAAGUGCAUCACUAGAGGAUGAAAUUUUAAGCAAUUCCAUAGAUGAGAAAUGUGACAAUAUCUCACAUGUUCCGAUUCAGAGGAUAUCAGUGCCUGGUUUUCAAGACAUUGGUGAGAUGCUGGUGACUUUAACUGAUGAGGAAGAAGUCAUAAGAAGACAGCUUAUGAGAGGAUCAUCUCGAAGAGAUAUUGUCUCUAUUGUGGGCAUGCCUGGAAUUGGCAAGACUACUCUAGCCAAGAAGGUGUACAGUGAUCCUGAAGUUGCACAUCAUUUCCAUCGUCGUGCUUGGUGUUCAGUUUCACAAGUGUAUGGAAAAAGGGAACUGUUGCUUGACAUUAUCAAAGACAUUCAGGGCCUUCCUGAUGAGAUGUAUCAAAUGACUGAUGCAGAUCUGGAAUUAAAGCUGUUUCAAAAAUUGAAGAAAAUUAGGUAUCUUAUAGUUAUGGAUGAUGUGUGGGACGUUCAGGCAUUUUAUGAUUUGGAAAGGUCAUUUCCAGAUGAUGCAGUUGGGAGUAGAAUUUUAAUAACAAGUCGUUUUCACAAUGUGGCUUUGGAAGCUAGACCUGGUAGCGAGCCUCAUAUGCUUCGUCCGCUAUCUGAUGAUGAAAGUUGGAAUUUAUUGGAAAAGAAAUCAUUUCCUACAGGCGGCUGUCCUGAGGAACUGGAAGAAGUUGGGAAGGAGAUUGCUCGUCAAUGUAAAGGGUUACCUCUUGCUGUUGUUGCAGUGGCUGGUAUCCUUCGAAGGACACAAGACACUGAUAACCACUGGAUAAAGAUUGCAGAAAGUCUAAGCUCAAGGAUAAAUGCAGAUCCAGAAACUCGGUGCAAAGCAAUCUUAGAAUUAAGCUACAUGCACUUACCUAGUCACUUAAAGGCAUGCUUUCUGUAUCUUGGAGCAUUUUCCGAAGACAAAGAUGUUCCUGUCAGCAAGUUGAUCCGAUUGUGGAUUGCUGAGGGAUUCAUUGAAUGCAAUGAGGCCACGAGCUUAGAAGCUAUUGCAGAGGACUACCUGAUGGAUCUAAUCAACGGAAGCCUAGUAAUGAUUUCAAAACGAAGAUCUAAUGGGAAGGUCAAGGCGUGCUGUAUUCAUGGAUUGCUGCGUGAUUUGUGCCUGUCAAAAGCGCAGGAAGAUAACUUUUUGCAGCUAAUUUCUAGGAAUGAUGAACCAUAUGCAUCGUAUGAUGUAUAUGAUUAUGGUUCUGAUUUUUAUGAUUUUUAUCCCUCAGAUCCUGUGACAUACGAGUGUCAGCGUGUCUGCAUAUAUUUGAAGCGGAAGCACUUCAUUCACUCAAGACCAUCUGGUCCCUCCACCAGUUCUUUGAUUUUCUCGGCAUUUAGUGAUUCGUACCCCAGGCGGCCCUACAGUGUAACAUUCAUUUGUCACCACUUCAAAUUACUUAGGGUGUUGGAUUUGGAAUGCAUCAAUAUGGGAUCAUUCUUUCCCUCUGAAAUAGAAUUGCUUGCUCAAUUGAGAUAUUUGGCUGUUAGUGGGGACAUGGAGUCUAUUCCAGGGUCAAUAUCCAAUCUCAGGCUGCUGAAAACUCUUAUCGUGAAGGGACUAGUUGGCAAGAUCACAUUGCCAGAUAGCAUUUGGCGCAUGGCUAGUUUAAGGCAUCUUCAUAUAAAUAGCUAUGCUGUUUUUAGCUUACCUGAUGACCAGACGGACAGCUCUCUCCUCCUUGAUAAUUUGUUCAGCCUAUCUGUGCUCUCUCUUUGCCAUGUAAAAGACGCAGAGAAGAUACUAAGACGGAUGCCACAACUUCAUAAGCUUAUAUGCAUCUUUCGGGAAUCAUGGAAUUCCUCCAUGAACUGCAACGAGUUCCCAGCAUUGGAUUUCUUGACUCGUUUGGAGUCGCUUGAUAUUUUUUAUUUUGGUAGGGAUCUCAAUCCAGGUGAGUUCACUUUCCCUCUGAAUCUGAAGAAAUUGACUCUAUCACAUUUUCGCUUACCAUGGCAUCGAACUUCUUCCAUCGGGAGGUUGCCAAAUCUGGAAGUUCUCAAAUUGUGUUAUGGAGCCUUUGUGGGGGAAAUGUGGGAGAUGACAGAGGAUGAAUUUACCAAGCUCAUGUUCUUGAAAUUUGACACCCUAAACAUUGCUCAAUGGGAUGCUUCCUAUGAACACCUCCCAGUACUUCAACACCUGGUGAUACAUAAUUGUAAAAACCUGGAGGAAGUCCCUUUCGACUUUUAUGGAAUUCCCACAUUGCAGAUGAUUGAAGUACAAAGCUGCAAACAUUCUGUUGAAGCAUCAGUUCGGAAAAUCGCUGAAGAAACUGAGGGAAUCAAAGUUAUCAUCAGCUGAUCAAAAUCGCCCCGUGUAACAUAUCAACACUACAUUACACCCUGCACCUCAUCAUUCCAUCUCCUGAAAUUUUCACCGAUCAUCUUCUGUAAGUUAAAUUUGCUGAUGGUCACAUUUUGUUUAUCUUGUAUCGACAUACUUUUACUUUAUGCUUAGGGAUAAAAUUACAAGCUAUGUUUUUGUCAUUCUAGUUUUGAAGUUUAAUUUUCUAGGUCUUGCAUGUUCUAAUAACAAUUACUCCCUCCAUCUCGAAAUUAUUGUUAAUUUCGGAACAAAAUGAACAAUAAUUUACGCACGAUUUUGCACAUUUUCUUUAAGAAGAAUCAUCCAUCUUUCUUGUGAACGAUAUCAAAUGGCUAUAUAUAGCUUUGUUCACUUAGUUGAUUGAUGAUACUAGACUACGACGUUAGUACCACCACCGUGUUAGAAUAAUUUCUGUGAUGAAGGGAUUAGAAGAAUCUCUGUCAAUGAGUUUGAUAAUUCAUAGUGUAACAUAAGAUAUUUUAGUAGUAAUACAUUUCUCUCCCUGAGAAUUUUAAAAUUAUAAUCACUUUCAACGUAUGGUU